AUGGAACCGGAGCCGACCCUUAGCGCUCUCCUCAAGGCUAUCACAGCCCUCACCACUCAAGUCGGGUCCCUCCAGGACCAAGUCAAGUCUCAAGGCAAGCAAAUCUCCCAGCUUACCGCCAUAUGCAAGGAGACCAACGACCUUGUUGGAGACAAGGAUCAGGGCGGAGCCCAAACCAAGCCUGGCCCAUCAACUGGGCCUGUCACCCCCCCUACCCACUCAGGGGGAGAAACCCACACUCCAGGCACGGUUAGGCCUGGACUCAAGGCCCUGUUCCGGCCCUCUAGAGGCACGGGCUUUGACUCUGAGGAUGAAGAGGAACCAAGGAUCCCCAAAAAGGAGCCUCAAGGAACGCCUAAACGGCACCUUGGGUCCCUUACCCCCUUUGAUGCCGGGUCCAGCGUAAAAAGGCCCAAGAUGGACCUCCCAGACCCCUAUAAAGGAGAUACAAGGGGACGUAAGGCCACCCAAUGGCUUGACCGCAUGAUGCUCUGGGUCGCCCUCCACAGGGACCAAUUUGAUGAAGAGGAACAGAUGGUUGUAUGGAUCCUCUACCAUAUGACUGAUAAAGCUGCCAACUGGGCCCUUCCCAUCAUUGGGAACAUCAUCAAGGGCAAAGGAAAUCCCCCCACCACCAUCCAGGCCCUUACGGGCAAAUUCAAAGAAGCCUUCGCCAAUCCAGACGCAAAGAGGGCGGCCGCCAGGAAGAUUGCCGCGUUAACUCAGACCACCACCACAUCUGAGUACGUCACAGAAUUCCGCAACCUCAUGGCGGAAUUAGACUGGAACACUGAGGCGUACAUUGCCCAGUUUACGCGCGGCCUUCACUGGAAGGUCAAGGAACUCCUGUCCACCAAGGACAACGUCCCUGACAAUGACCUCAAGGCCAUAUUUGCCGCCUCGGUCAAAAUUGAUAACACUCGUUGGGAAAAUGAGGAGAACCGCCCCAAAAAGGCUCCUACCAAGGCCCCGGUUGCCACGACCACCUCUACCUCCACCACUACCACAAGGGUCCGCCUAUCCAAGGACCCCAACUACGUCACCCCGGAAGAAAGGGACCGCCGCCGCGCGUCUGGCCUUUGCGUCAAGUGCAGCCAAAAAGGGCAUGGCAUCAAACAAUGCCCUAAUGGUUGGAAAGCCACGAUCAAGGAGGUGGCCAAGCCCCUGGCCAAUCCAAGCGUGCAUGUAUCAGAAUGUGAAUUUGUAUCUGUGGCUCUAGAUUCCAAUAAAAAGCCCCUAUUAUUUAUUGAUUUACAACUGCACAAAUUCCCGACGGAAAACCUAAAAACCCUAAUAGACUCAGGAGCCACCUCCAAUUUCAUCUCCCCCACCAUUGUCGAAAAACUUAAAAUACCAAAAACCCUGCUCAAAAAUCCACGAGUAGUGAGAAUGUUAGAUGGUACCCUAUCCCAGACUGGUCGCAUUUGGCACCAGGUUAACCUCACGGUCUUGGCCAAUGGCCAUACCCAUACCAUUCCAUUCCUUGUCUGUCCCAUUGGGAACACAUCCGCCAUACUCGGCAUGACAUGGCUCACUCAGGAGUCACCCUUAAUUGAUUGGUCCCUAGGCACGGUUACCUUCCCUGAACAAAUUCAGAUUGCAUCCAAAGAAGAGGCAGACCCUGACCCCUUAGCCGACCUUCCGGAACAGUACCAUGAGUUUGCCAAAGUCUUUGGCAAAGAGGAAUUCAAGGUCCUCCCUCCACACAGGGAGUAUGACAUAUCCAUAGAUCUUGUUCCGGAUGCCAAACUACCCCCAGGUCCCCUUUAUGGCAUGACUGACGCGGAAUCCAAAGCCCUCAAACAACAUAUUGACGAAGAACUAGCAACGGGCAAGAUCCGCCCCAGUACUUCCUCUACUGGCGCCCCAGUCAUGUUUGUAAAAAAGGCAGACGGAUCCCUUAGACUGGUUGUGGACUACCGAAAACUCAAUGACGUCACUCACAAGAACGUGUACCCACUCCCAAGACAGGACGACCUGAUGGCCAAGUUAAGACAUGCCAAAAUAUUCACAAAGCUCGACCUGCGCUGGGGUUACAACAACGUCAGAGUCAGAGAAGGGGAUGAAUGGAAAACAGCGUUCAGGACUAAAUAUGGGCUGUUUGAAUAUCUAGUGAUGCCUUUUGGCCUUACCAACGCCCCAGCCGCCUUCCAACACUUCAUGAACGACCUGUUCAGAGACCUCAUUGAUGUCACGGUGGUUAUCUAUUUGGAUGACAUACUGAUCUUCUCCAAGAAGCCUGAGGAUCACCCUACCCAUGUCAGGGAAGUCCUUUCACAAUUGAUGAGGAACCAGUUGUUCUGUAAACUCUCCAAAUGCCACUUCCAUGUCACAACGGUGGACUACCUUGGUAUUGUCAUUUCCCCAGCUGGGUUCUCAAUGGACCAAAAGAAGAUCGAGGCUGUUACCACCUGGCCCACACCCAAAACAGUCAAACAGGUCCAGGCCUUCCUAGGUUUUGUUAAUUACCUCAGGCGUUUCAUCCCCAACUUCAGCUCCGUUGCACGCCCCUUACACAACCUCACCAAAAAGGAUUCUCCGUGGUCAUGGGACGUGUUGGAAGAACAGGCUUUCCAGGAACUCAAAGCAUUGGUCACCAAAGCACCGGUUCUGAUCCACUUGAACCCCAAUUUGCCUUACUACCUGGAAACAGACGCGUCAGGGGUAGCCAUGGGAGCAAUCCUUAGUCAAAGAGGGGAGGAUAACCGCUUACACCCAGUGGCUUACAUGUCUAAAUCUUUCUCCAGCGCCAAGGCUAAUUAUGACACCCAUGACAAGGAACUCCUGGCCAUAAUCAAGGCAUUAGAGGAAUGGCGGAUCUUCCUUGAGGCAACGGACAGACCAAUCCAGGUGUUCACAGACCAUAGAAACCUGGAAUAUUGGAUGCAGGCACGGACGUUCAACAGAAGGCAUGCACGUUGGCGGAUUUUCCUGAGCAAUUUCAACUUUGAAAUACACUAUCGCCCAGGGAAACAAUCAGGAAAACCCGACGCCCUUUCCAGAAGGUCAGACUACAUAGAUUCCCCAGUAGAACCAGAAGUCAUGCUACCGUCGGAGGUUUUUGCUAAUACAUCAGAGGCGGAACUUGAGAUUGUCACGAAAAUCCGGGACAGGUUAAGGGAAGACCCUUCCCUGGAACCCAUCAUCCAGUUCCUAACGGAGGACGCAGACAAUGCACCCCCCUCUAUUUGGAAAGCCUAUUGGGAUUAUGACUGGGAAGAGGACCUCCUAUGGUAUUGCGGGAAACUAGUGGUACCGGACUCAGAACCCCUUAAAGAACAACUGCUAAGAGAAUUCCACAAUUCCCCACUGGCGGGCCACCCAGGACAACAAAGAACACUCAAACUGAUCAGUAGGUCCUACUGGUGGCCUGGUAUGAAGUCCUCAGCAAAAGAAUGGGUCAAGUGCUGUCCAAUAUGCCAAGCAAAUCGAAGAGCCCACACGCCGGCAAUUGCCCUGAAACCCCUAGAAGUCCCACCAUUUCCUUUCCACACCAUCUUGUAUGACUUCAUCACAGGAUUCCCAAAGUCAAAUGGGUAUGACGCAAUCUUGGUGGUCAUUGACUCCUUUUCCAAAUUUGGACACUUCAUCCCUACCACAAAGAAAGUCAUGGCUAAGGGUCUGGCAGACCUGUUCAUCACGCAUGUCUGGAAGCUUCAUGGAUUGCCAAUCAAGACAGUCUUGGACUGCGGAACCACCUUCACUGGGAAAUUCCUGAGAGCCCUCUACCAACGUCUUGGGAUCAAACCCGCUUUCUCCUCGGCCUAUCAUCCAGAAUCAGAUGGACAGACGGAAAGGGUGAAUCAAUUCAUCGAGUUCUACCUCAGAUCUUAUGUCACAGCGGACCACUCGGACUGGGCUACCUGGUUGCCAUUGGCAGAAUACGCCUACAACAAUGCUAGACAUUCCGCCACCGGAAAAACCCCCUUUGAGUUAGUUUACGGAAGAAAUCCCGUGAUGAGCCCAUCCAACGUGCCAACAAACAUACCAGAAGCUGACCACGUGGCUGAUACCCUGGCCCAGGAAUGGAAAGAGGCAGAAUCCGCUCUACAAAUGACAAAGGAAAAAAUGGCAGAAUUAAAAGGAGCCACACUGGAGUACUCCAUUGGCAAAAAAGUCUGGCUGGACGGAAAAAAUGUGGAACUACAAACCAACUCCAAUAAACUAGACCCAAGGAGGUUAGGACCAUUUGAAAUCCUAGAAAAGAUCUCCAGCCACGCUUAUUGUCUAAAAUUACCGGAGACCCUGAAGAUCCACAACGUAUUCUACGUAGGGCUAUUGUCCAAAGUCCACAAAAGCCCAAGCCAGCCAUUCCCAGAGCGACCUCCCCCUGAAACAAUAGAGGGAGAAGAGGAAUACAAGGUAGAACAAAUCAUUGACUCCAAAAGACAACGGGGUAAAUGGUUUUACUUGAUCAAAUGGAAAGGAUAUGGACCCAAAGAUAACUCAUGGGAGCCAGAGGAGCUACUUGAGCAUAGUCAGGAGGAGAUCCAACGCUUCAACAAGUUGCGACUGAAAAAGGCUUGUGACUCCGCCAAGAGCCUUUAA